AUGUCAGACCUUCCAGAGACCCCAGCCUCCACAAACAAGCGGCGGAGAGUGGACGUGACUGGUAAGACCGGUGCUGUACGUCAGUGCCCACACUGUCAGAGGACAUUCAAGAGGACGGAGCAUCUGUCGCGACAUGUGCGGACCCAUACCAAGGAAAAGCCUUUCUCUUGCACGUGUGGUGCUUCAUUCGGACGUCGUGACUUGCUCACACGGCAUCAGAGAGUAAACCACCACAAGGCAGCCGACCAGUCGCAGGCAGACACUGUGACCGUCGUUGAUUUGAAUGAGGCUGUGCAAGAGGACCCCGGCGAAGUUGACGAGUCGACGCAAACCAUCACGGCGGAGCUCGACACCCGGGUUGAUUCAUGGUUUGACCCUUCUACUGUAGGAACAGACUCCACGUCCCAGCAGCCCAUCGCGACCGGCGAGAGUCUGCGGCCGACCCGUGUCAACACACAUGACGAGGUCUUCGCACCAGCACUUGUUCCAGGUGGUGGCGGGAUCUCUGAGUUGAACAACGCAUUGCCUUCAAUGACCCCUUCAGGUGUCGAUGUCGACAUGCACUUUCGCGACUUUGCUAGCUUUCUCGAUGGUGUUGGCUUAUGCGUGGAAUGGAGUCCAAUAUUCUCGAGCAUCGCAAGGGAAGAGGACUUACACGUUGGCGGGACAAAUGGGGCAGCCAACGGUCACACACCCGCCAACGGAGACCUGCGAACGCGUGCCGGCUCACCCUUCAGCUCAUGGUUACCGUCUGCACCUUCCAAGAACAACACAAGCAAUAGCGUCUGUAACAUAUCAAAUCCUCGUGGUGUAGAUCCUGAAGCUCGACGAUUCGAUGUGUCUGAAGAGCAGCGCCUCAGGUUCGAACAUGCGAUUGGACUGUUGUUGCAUAUUCUGGACCCAACAUUCAGACUGCCUUCACGUCAUUCUCUGACCAGAUAUAUCAAGUCGUUUUUCGGCGGCUUCCAUCUCCACAUGCCGUUUAUUCAUGUGCCGACAUGGCAGAUGGAAGAACACCCGGUCGAGGUCAUUUUUGGGAUAGCUGCCAUUGGUGCGCAAUACUGCUUUGAAAAACGAAUCGCAAAGCAACUGUUCUUCGCAGGCAAAGCACUUGUCAUGCACAAGAUCGCUGGACCAGCUGGACCAGAUGGGGCUUAUGUGGACAUGCCGGUAUCGGCCCAUGAACAUGGUUUUCGCAGAAGCGAAAGCACUUCGUCCAUCGAGAUCAUCAGAGCACUGCUCACGCUGAUGGGAUACGCGACAUGGGAUCCCGAACCAGCAAUGGUGCGCCAGUCAUUUGCGCUGCGAGAGACACUCACCCAGUUCCUCAGGAGCGAGGGCCUACAAGAUAUGACGUCUUCCGCGUCACAGAUCAUACCUACUCACGACACAGUCGCGUCGCAAAAUCAUGAAUGGCGCUCCUGGAUCGUUGAAGAGUCUUCUCGACGCACAAAGCUGGUCUCGUUCUCGUUCUUGCAUACACACAGCAUCGCGUAUGACGUGUAUCCUCCCAUCAGGAGCAAUGAGGUUGGACUUCGCUUGCCUUGCUCGACAGUGGAAUGGAGUGCGCCUAAUUCGACGUCAUGGAUUGUUGCGAGAAAGGCCGUUGCUAAGCCACAGUUGUACUUCAAGGAAGCCCUAUCUUUCCUGCUGGACCACAAGCAUGAACCCGCCAGACUUGACCCGAUACCGACACCGCUCGGCAAUUAUGUCUUACUGCAUGGUAUGAUACAGAGAAUUCACAUUGUCAGAGAUCUGAGUCUACCUGUGAUGAGUGAUAUGGCAGCUUUGCCAUCAGAAGAAGUGGAGAAGCUCGAGCGAGGGCUACGGUGCUGGACAUCAGGUUGGCAGCAAGCUCCCGAAUCUUCUCUUGACCCCAACAACGAGAACGGUCCCAUACCCUUCACCUCGAGUUCGCUUCUUGCCUUGGCAUACGCCCGUAUUUAUCUGAAUCUUGGUCCCUAUCGACAACUCCAAACCCGAGACCCGCAGCGUAUCGCACGAGCUCUAGCGAAAUGUCCGGAAAUUGAACGUAGCGAGGGUGUCAUCGCAGCACUUCUUUAUUCCACCCAUAUGCUCGGUAUCCCUGUCAGACUUGGAGUCGACCGUGUUGCAAAAAGCCAGGCCUUCUUCUGGAGCGUUAGGCAUUCUUUGGCCAGCCUCGAUUGCGCCAUAUUGCUCAGCAAAUGGCUCAGUAAUCUGUCUCGUACCGCGCCACUACAGCCGCUCAAUGACAGCGAAGAAAGAAUCCUCUAUUGGGUAAAGUGUAUCGUCGAAGAGGCUUACGCAGUCGUAGACUUUGACAAUGACCCUCCUGGGGUUUUGGACUUGCGUAGCCCCCUGCAUCUGGCUUCGGCGGUGUUGAGGAUCUGGGCGCACUUUUUCAGCAGCAAUUCACAAUGGCCCUUCAUCAAUAUCAUUGGUGGAGGCUUGGACAUCUACUGCAGAACGAUGACGCAGACGGAAGGGUGA